AUGUACCUGCCUCUUUUCUCUUACUUUCCUCUCUGUAACCCUGCCUCUUUUCUCUUACUUUUUCCUCUCUGUAACCCCUCCUCUUUUCUCUUACUUUCACUCUCUAUAACCCCUGCCUCUUUUCUCUUACUUUCCUCUCUGCUAACCCUACUCUUUUCUCUUACUUUCACUCUCUGUAACCCCUGCCUCUUUUCUCUUACUUUCUCUCUCCCCCCUUACUUUCACUCUCUUACCCCUUUCUCCACUCUCUGUAACCACUGCCUCUUUUCUCUUACUUUCACUCUCUGUAACCUCCUCUUUUCUCUUUUCUUUCACUCUUACUUUUUCACUCUCUGUAACCCCUGCCUCUUUUCUCUUACUUUGCUCUCUCCCCCCACUUUUUCUCUUACUUUCUCUGUAACCCCUGCCUCUUUUCUCUCUUGUAACCCUUCUUCUCACUCUGUAACCCCUCUUGCCUCUUUUCUCUUACUUUCACUCUGUAACCCCUGCCUCUUUUCUCUUACUUUCCUCUCUGUCCAACCACUGCCUCUUUUCUUACUUUUUCUUGCUCUCUCCUCCCUUACUUUCCUCUCUGUAACCCCUGCCUCUUUUCUCUUACUUUCACUCUCUGUAACCCUGCCUCUUUUUCCCCUUUUUCCUCUCCGUAACCCCUGCCUCUUUUCUUACUCAUCUUUCCCCUCUUUUCUCUGUAACUCUGUAACCCCUGCCUCUUUUCUCUUACUUUCACUCUCUGUAACCCCCCUCUUUUUUUUUUUCUCUUACUUUCCCCUGCUCUUUCUCUAA